AUGAAGAAAUCCAAAGAAGGAAGGAAUCCAAAGAAGAAAGGAAUACAAAGGAGGAAGGAGUAUAAAGAAGGAAGGAAUUCAAAGAAGAAAGGAGUCCAAAGAAGAAAGGAAUCCAAAGAAGGAAGGAAUCCAAAGGCGGAAGGAAUUCAAAUUAAAAAGGAAUCCAAAGAGGGAAGGAAUACAAAGAAGGAAGGAAUCCAGAGGAGGGAAUUCGAAUGA